CUUAAAAGUGCUGGGUUAUUAUUUUAACUAAAGCACUGGGUUAAUGACAUUUUUACUUUUUAUUGGGUUAUCAUAACCCAUGCUGGGUUAUUGUUAAGACCCAGGUGCUGGGUUAGUGGCUGAGAGCACAAAAAAUCAUGUAAUGCACCCAGUGCCUGGGUAAUUUUAACCCAGUCAUUGGUCAUUAUAAUAUAGUCUACCAGUUGGAUUGACAAUCGCAAAGACAUGAAGACAACAGUCUUGUACCCCUGGAACAGUGUUCUAGAAUAUUUGAUUGCAACCGUUGGUCCUCCACAUCAAGCGACAAGCCGGCAGUGAAAGCUCGAAGGCAAUGUUCAGCCCCACUCAUAUUCCAGAUCCUGCCCAGUUUACAGCUGCAACACAGGACUGUUACAGCGACCUCCACACCACCCUCUUCCAGAGCUCCUUCAGAAGACUAACGAUAUGGCACAAGAUGAUUGGCAACAAGAGACACCCAGUGAUGAGCUCUCCUGAAUUGUCCCAUCUGUCCCGUCCAGACCUUCCACACAGGAUCCCUCAAAGUCAAAGAUUUCCCAGAUCAGCUCCUGCAGGAUGCACAGUUGGAUCCUACGGUAGGCCUACCGAUUUCUGAUUUUAUCACUGAUCAUGAAGAUCCUACGGUACAGAUUUGUGAUUUUAUUACUUGGAUUUCUGAUCAUGGUGUUCUUCAAGUUCAGGUGGACAUUCAUUUUUGGAGAUAAAGUUGGUGAGCUUCGAUGGCCUAUCCUGCAGCAGCACGGGAACAGAUCCAACAUUAGCCAAACACAAAUGCUCAAAAUCCAAGAGGAUCUGGGCUUUAGUAAGGAGGAGUGGGACCGGAUACAGAGGGCAGUUUACUGGGGUGAACCUGACCGACAGAUUACCAGUGUAACUAUGUGCACCAGUCCGGACCACUCCACUUUCAUCAUUAAUGACUUUAAGGACAGUUACUAUGUGGGAGAGGAGCUCCACGCAACCAUUGUUGCCAAGGACUGUACUGGUAGGCCAAAAAGCUAUGGAGGGGAUUUCUUCCAAGCAAAGGCUUAUUCUAACAAAUUAAAUGCUGGUGUGUUUGGAGAGGUACUAGACCAUCACAAUGGCACCUACACGGCCCGGUUUACCCUGCCAUGGGCGGGUGAGGCGUUUGUGGCGAUCCGCCUGAUUCACUCCAGUGAGGGUGUUCAAAUCCUCAAGCAACACCGGGACAUGGACCCUGACCGUGUCAACUUCUACGGCUUUUUUGUGGGCAAGAACAAACAGGGUGCUAAAGUGGAGGAGAAGGUGGACUGUAAUGUAAAAUGGGAUGGGGUGGCAAUAUCUGGCAAGGGGAGCUGCUGCUGUGAGUACCCAGAUGUCCGUACAGGGCUGAUGUGGCACUGCCGUAAACCUCCAACUCUCCCCUGCAAUACCCUGGUGUACUACACUCACGGUGUUUACAAGAAUCACAUGACAGACCUUGAGAAAGAAAUCAUGGACAAGCAACAUGUGAAUCGUUGGAUCAAUGGUGAUUCACGAAUGAUUACAGUCCUUGCCUCUAACUCCACUCUUGGAGUGAGAGAGGCAUGUAAACCAGGGAUGCCAACGCCGAUACCAGCAGGAUUCUAUUUGGAUGAUGUUUGGACAUCAUUUGUGUGUGCCACCCGUCAUUUUAAUGCAAAGGACAAAACUAAGUGUCUGAAGGACCACCACAUCUACAUAAUGGGAGACUCCACUAGCAGACAGUGGUAUGACUUCAUUAUCGAAUCCGUGCCUACUCUAAGGCGCAUGAACCAACACACCAUUGAGAAUAAUGGGCCCCAUAUGGCUGUGGACGUGGAGAACAAUAUCGACCUACACUACCGCUCGCAUGGCACCCCCCGCAUCAGCGUUGCUCGGCAGAUUAUGGCGGAUUUGCACUACAUUAGUAACGAGAUAGACGACAUGGCUGGUGGACCACACACUGUUAUUGUCUUCAACGUUUUUGCUCACUUCACCACCUUCCCUCUUUCCUACUUUGCCUACCGGGUUUCCCAGAUCCGGCGCGCGGUCGUGGCACUGUUGAGACGUGCGCCGGAGACUAAGGUCAUCAUGAAGACAGCCAACACAGGGCACAAGGAUUUCUAUCGCAGUGACUGGCUAUCUAUGCAGCUUGAUCGAGUCCUGCGAGAAACCUUCAAUGGCGUUGGAGUCUAUAUCCUGGAUGUGUGGCAGAUGACCGCCUGUCACCAUAACACAGAGGACAUCCAUCCUGGUCCAGUGAUCAUCAAAAAUGAAGUUGACAUUCUUCUCUCUUUUAUCUGCCCCACAUAAGGAGGAUGUUUCUCCUGGCCACUGCCCUCUCUGUGUCUGCCCCACAUAAGGAGGAUGUUUCUCCUGGCCACUGCCCUCUCUGUGUCUGCCCACUGUGGUUAUGUUCAGAUUGCCCCCCCCAAUCAAAUGUUGUUGUAUAUACAUCGCAAAUUAUGGUCGACUUAAAACUACUAUUGUCCUAAUAGCACCGCUAGUGACAUAGCAAGAGGCUAACAGCCAUUUAACUAGACUGCAUUUCCGGCGGGAACUGCGAACUGCGUCACCAACGUGAGCAGACAGUGGCAUACGUUAUGCUGAACCUGGCUUGAUCCAGGCAUUGUAACAGUGCCUUUCAGUGUUGGAGCA